GCAGGUGGCCUAGAAGAGAUCUAUCCCUACGGAAGAUAACACCAACCACUGAGACUCCCAUAUUUUUUUUGUUCCCAAUAGUAUGAAACCAAAAAGAAAACAGAUAGAAGUAAAAGGCGUUUUGGAGGCGGUAAAUACCGGCAGUAUCGCGCUCUCGACCUGAUUGCGGAGCUGCACUCAUGGCUCGAUGCACGAGAGCAGUCUGUCCCUGCAGUCCCUUGCUCGGAGCACUGCGGAUCCAUAAAUCAAGAUGGUUCUCUCCUUUAUCCUAGUCCAGAAUCGCCAGGGCAAGACCCGGCUCGCAAAAUGGUAUGCGCCGUACAGUGAUGAAGAAAAAGUGAAGCUGAAAGGAGAGGUUCAUCGCCUGGUGGCCCCCAGAGAUCAAAAAUACCAGUCAAACUUUGUCGAAUUCAAGCGAAGCACGAAGGUUGUAUACCGAAGAUACGCCGGCCUCUUCUUCUGCGCAUGCGUCGACGCAACGGACAACGAAUUAGCAUAUCUCGAGGCGAUUCAUUUCUUUGUCGAAGUAUUGGAUCAAUUCUUCGGCAAUGUGUGUGAGCUGGACUUGGUUUUCAACUUUUAUAAAGUGUAUGCCAUCUUAGAUGAGAUUUUUCUUGCGGGUGAGAUCGAGGAGACGAGUAAACAAGUCGUCCUGACGAGACUUGAGCAUCUGGACAAGCUGGAGUAAGGCGAGUAUCAAAUAUGAGGAGGGUGGGGGAGAGAUCCCAUCUCGAUGGACUAGAUAUUUUGCAUGGAUGACCACUGUAUAUGGUCAUCACCGGAGUUAUUAGGAGUAUUCUGAUCGUGAUAUCAUUGGGCACUAUUCUAGCCAUUACUUGUCCGUUUGAUUUGGCAUUAUAUACUUGACUAUCAACAACUAAUACCCCAACCCUAAGGUGGGGGUAACACCUGCACCGUUAUAAUUUAACCUUGAGCAAAG